UGUCACCGAUUGCGAUUGGGCUUCUUUUUGUGGUCGUGCAUCACACGUACUCAUGUAUUUACUUCAUUAAACUUUACUUAAAACAAGAAUUGAAUUGAACUCAUUACAGAAGUAAAUAAACUAAAUAAAAUGCAAGGUCCGGCAGUGUUUAUGGAUAUAUCCCUCGAGGAUCAAGCUCAGGAAUUAAGAAAAUACUUCAAGAGUCUCGGUGCCGAAAUAUCUGAGGAGAAGUCUCCUAAAGGUAUUGAAGAUGAUUUGCACAAAAUUAUUGGUGUCUGUGAUGUGUGCUUUAAAGAGAACAAUGAGGCCGAUAUUGAAGCAAUUUUAAACAGUAUUGUCUCCAUCAUGGUGUCUAUCCCAUUGGAGCGUGGAGAGAAUUUGAUUGUGGCAUUUAGUCAACGACUGGGUAAAGCUCCUGGACCCAAACUUGGCCUGGUGGCCUUACAAUCAUUAUGGCGUCUAUAUAACAACUUGGAGCCCAACUCUCCCUUAAGGUACCAUGUGUACUACCAUGUGAUUGAAUUGGCGGCACGGGUUGGUGCUGUCGGAGAUGUGUUCAAGAGUGUUGAACAACUUAAGAAGGAGUUUGCGAGCUGCCCUCCAUCUAAUGAACAGAUGCAGAAGUUAUAUAGGCUGCUACAUCAAGUUUUGAAGGACCAGAACAGUGAACUUGCUUCGAAAGUAAUGAUUGAGUUAUUAGGUACAUACACAGAUGAGAAUGCCUCAUAUGCUAGAGAAGAUGCCAUAAAAUGUAUUGUCACAGCAUUGGCCGACCCAACGUCAUUCCUCUUGGAUCCCCUUCUAGAACUGAAACCAGUGCGUUUCCUUGAAGGAGAAGUGAUUCACGAUUUACUUACAAUAUUUGUAUCAGAAAAACUGUCCAGCUAUCAGAAGUUUUAUGAAAAUCAUAAAGAAUUUGUUCAUUCCCAAGGUUUAAACCAUGAACAGAACAUAAAGAAAAUGAGGAUAUUAACAUUCAUGCAAAUGGCUGAAUCCAAUCCUGAACUGUCAUUUGAUGAGAUUACAUCUGAACUUCAAAUUGAAGAGAAAGAUGUUGAAGCUUUUAUAAUUGAAGUACUAAAAACGCGGCUUGUACGAGCGCGCGUUAACCAAGCGCAGCGGUUGGUGCGCGUGUCGAGCACGAUGCAUCGCACGUUCGGGCGCGCGCAGUGGUGCCAACUGCGCGACGUGCUGCUCGCGUGGCGCGCCAACGUGCACCAGGCGCACGAGUCUAUGAAGUCCGUGGCCACCGCGCAGCUCGAGUAUGCGGCGCAACAGCAGAAACCCUGAAAACAGACGCAAUAGCUAAACAUAGGAUAUUGAAUUUCGAACUAAUCAGCGUUUCAGGGUUUUGGAACGCUGAUUAGUUUGGAUUCAAAUUUUAUUAUCUGUUAUAGACUGACAGCUGUCAUUGUCGAGAUAAUUUUGAUACAGAAGAGUCAGAUUGGUUCUAUGAUUGAAUUCAAUCAUAAAAACCAUGUUUAAAAAUGAACAUGCAUUUUAUUCAGGAGCAUGGAUUUUAUAUUCUGAAAAGAAAUAUAUAUAGGCAAAGAACUUACCACCUACCUUUGAUAAGAACUGGCUACUAUGACAGAUAACCUAUGUUAAGCAAACUAAUGUGCUGGAAAUAUUACACAAUAAUAGAAAAAUAAAACAGAAUAUUGCAUCAUACUGGUUUGAUAUUAAAUGAGACCAUUGAGUGUGAAGAAUUAUUUAAUCAUUGUGAAAUUUUGUUAUUCAUUCCUAAAAAUAGUAAAUACUAAGAAGGGUUUAUAAAAGAUUUCCAACAGAAAGCAGUAUGUCGCAUCCUAAGAAAAAAUAAAUCUGAACUCUGGUCCGUAAACAAUACACUUUGCAAAUAUAUUCAUUUUCUAAUAAAGUUUAAAAA